CGCUUUUUUCCCACUUCUCUAAUUAGAAAUGAUUAGAAAAGUUUGGAUUAUUUAUAUGUGUGUUGAAUUUUGCCACAGUAAUGCGGACUUCGGAUGUUGUGGACAAUACAACAAUGGAUCUUGUUGGAAAUGCUGCAAUAAUUUUGAACUCAUAAAUGGAACCUGUCGAGUUUGUGAUCCAGGAUUAUGGGGCGUUAACUGCAGUAUGAACUGUAGCUAUCCUUACUAUGGAGAUUUAUGCAUUAAAUUGUGCUCUACUUGUUCAGAAAAGGAUUGUGACCCUGCAUUAGGAUGCACUGUGAAAGAGACCUCAGUGACAUCGUACAUAGCGCAGACCGUUAUAAUGUCCUCAUCACAAGAGACUUCAGCGCAGGGAAAUAAUCAACACCACACUAUUAAUGAGAAAAUCGUCGCAACUACGCACACAGAAUUAUCAACCCCCCAUAUUAGUAUGGGACAAAACACAAAAUCCAACAGACCAGAGGUAACAUCGGUCCCAAAGACAAUCAACACUAAGCAGACCACGUCCCGAAUCCGCCGACCGUUCACGAGGAAACCCCCGGGGAGCGUCCCAGACCUGACCAGUGAGUCCUGGCUGAUUUCUGUGGUGGGAGUCCUGGGAAUUUCCCUGGGGGUCAGCCUCGUCGUCAUUCUUGGUCUGGUAUGCCUCUUCCUCUGGAAGAAAAGACAAGACAGCACCAUAGGACAGUCAUCAUACAUAAAACAUGAUGGCAGACAAAAAGACUUAGAGACAAACAUGUACAGUUGUGACCAUAUGGAUAGUAAGGAGGCGUUGACUUUGACAGAGGCGGAGGUGGGCACCAGUUUUACAAAGCAGAGUUAUAGAGAAUCAUCAGAGUAUCAGACCCUCUGUGCUGUCUCUCCUUUGAGGAAGUCUGACGAAAGAGGUCGUUCUGACGUCCCUAGCCAUUCUACUGACACUUACAUGGAACCCGUGACUAGAGAGGGAGUCACACUCCGCACCAUUGUCGAUAACCCUUCGUAUGUUGAAGUGAUACCAUAGAGUCACAUACUUACCGAACGUGAUACUUAGCUAACAAUAAUUUUUUAUUGAAAGCAGUAUUAUUAGAUUCCCAUUAAAGUUUUUUUCUCUUUGCAGAAACCUUGAUAAAAAAAAAUAAUGUUAUAGCAUGUAAGAGUUGAUCAACCGAUGGACCACUGAUGGUUGUAAAUACAUUAAAUGGAGAUCAAUUA